AAAGUCUUUCUACAGAAUUUAAUUAUUUUACAUGUCACCACCAACCUAUAGAAACUCCAUCUUGAACAGAAAGAUCAAAUAUUUAUCUAUUUGAACAAGAACAGAGAGAAUUGGAUCAUCACAAAGAAAAUGGAAAACACCCAAAUCAUGGUGCAAGAAAAGCUAGGCUUCUUCAAGAUUCUCAAAGAAGCUCUCAUAAUUCCAUUCAAGAAUCCCCACUUCAUCAUCUACACCCUCCUCACCUCUAUUCCCCUGUUUUGCUUCCUACUUGUCUAUGAAACUCUCAUUCAACACACCCUCAUUCAAACAGCCAAAAUCUUAUCACAAGCCCCUCCUGAAUCUGAUUUAUACUGCAAAUUUUGUCUUGAUUGGAAUUGGACAACACUUGGUUUUGCAGAAAGACUGAUUGAUGAUUUGUCUCCUACGUACCUCCUAGUUCUGUUAUACUUGGGAAUCCUCCAUUUCCUAGACCUCAUAACCCUGAUCGCAAUCGUUGACUCUGCAUCAACAAUCCAUACAGGAAAGAAGACCUUGAAUCUGAUACAACUAUUGCAAAAUUUCAUCAAAGAAACAAGGUUUAAAGGGCCUCUAAUCACAUCUAUAUGUACUCUUCUAUUAGGCUUUCUAAUUUUAUCAGGAUUGUUUUGCUUAGCAGCAUACAUGUACAUUGCAUCCCGUGAUGUUCUGUUUAUGCUGUUAUUUGGAGUACUCUUCAUAGCUUUGCUAGCUAAAUAUAUAGAGUGGAGUGCAAUAUGGAACAUGGGUAUUGUAAUUUCUAUACUGGAAGAAAAAAAACAAGGGGAUGUGGCAUUGCUGAUUUCUUCAUAUCUUAGCAGAGGUAGCAGGCGACGUGGGUUUUUGUUUGUCCUUGUUUUCUUGGUGUGGAGGCUCGGUUUAAGGCUGUCGAGCCUGUAUUUGGGGUGGACGAUUGUGGGAGAAAAUUUCAAUAAAAUGGCAAUCACAGCGCCGCUUGUUGGGUUGGUUUGUGUGGGUAAUGUUACCAAGUGGUUGGUUUUUGUUGUGUAUUUUUACGAUUGUAAGAGGCGCCGAGAAGAGAAGAAGAACAUUGAUUUAGAGGAAAGUAAUGCAGCAGCUGCCGGAAUUGGAGGCACAGAAUAAGCAUGGUGUAAAACGGAGCAGGGUAGUGGCACUCAAUGUACUUAUAUGUGAUUGAGUCUGAAAAUGUUUUGUUUGUAUUUUAACCCAGAAUGUGUAUACAAUAAGGUCUGGUAAUAGAAAAAGUUUUGCAACUUUUUAUUGUAAGAAUUGCAGUUACGUGCAAAGGUGUUGUUACCAAAUUUGGGUUAGUCUGCUGGGCAAGAUUGUGGUCAUAAUUUCUCUCAAUUAGCAGAAGGGUUACUUCAAGGGUAAUUCUAUUUACACAUUAUCAGUUUUCUCAUUA